GCGAAAGAAAUUGCCGAAGCCAAAUUUGUCAAGUGUUUUGAAGAUAAAUUCAUGUUCGAUCUAGUCAAACGCUUUGUAGAAGUCCAAGAAAAGAAGGAAGCCUUUUUUUUCUCCUCAUCUUCUCGCCACCCAACCCCUCCGAGUGACGUCAUAAUGGGGUUGGGGGGACACGGUUUCAUUUUUAGUUCAACGUGUAAAGAAGACGCGUGGACGUGAGGACUUUUUUCUCUUCUUGCGUUCUUGUGUUGCUGCUCCAAAGCCAGCGCCUCAGAGUGACGUCACACGAGAUGGGGACACCGUUUCAUUUUUAGUUCAAUGUGUGAAGAAGACGCGUGGAUGUGAGGACUUUUUGUGUUCUUGUGCUGCUGCUCCAAAGGUACGUUCCCUGGUGAGAAGACACGAUGCAGACCUGUGCUUUGAUGAACGAACUCUCGUGGCAGUCGUCCAACAGAAUUAGGACCCACGCAAGCACAAACAACUGCUACCAUUACACCCAUCACUCUAUUGGUCCGUCGUCGCUUCCUAGUCAGGAUGGCAGGGUCUACCACAAUGUGUCACAUGACCCCCAGUCUGGAAGCCAUGGACACCAGCUUGUCCCCCCGAGAGAGUUUCAGCACAGUGUGGGUCAGGACGGCAGGGUCUACCACAAUGUGUCACAUGACCCCCAGUCUGGAAGCCAUGGACACCAGUUUGUCCCCCCGAGAGAGUUUCAGCAGAGUGUCACUUCCUGUUCCCAGAGUGAUGCUGUGGCUCACUGGAGGAAGCCAACAAGGCUCCACAGUCACUGCGUUGUCAGUGACGCCUCACAGCACAGGUUUGCAUUCUCCCACAACAUGGCCACGCCCUCACAAUACCCUGAUAAUAGCAUUGCAAACUCUCCAUCAGCUGGGCAGAGCUUAUUAAACACCAACGCCCAUCAGAAAUCUGAACAAUGCUCACCUUCGACCCUUGUGGUGUCCAAGCAGGUGAUGCAUCCUGCAGCCGCAUGCCACAGUCCUAUCACCAGCGCUCAUGGCAGGACGCCACGAGCGUGUCCCAGUUUGAGAAGACAUCUGAUGGACAUGAACGUCUCUCAGCAGUCACCACCUCACCCCCCCCAACCUCUUCAGAACAGCAUUCCAGAAACAAUACAGUUACAGACAGGUGAAAUGGACUGGUCCAAGACCAGAAGACAUCAUCAGUAUCAAGUAGACCACAAGCUCCAAGCCCCUGAACCUCUCUCAUCCCCUGGCACAAAUACUGAACUCGCUCCUGAGACCGUGCAAACGGCCAUACAGCUAAUAUCUCAGAAAUAUCCGCUGAUCUUUAAGAUGCUCUCACCAACUACAAGAAUACCUGAAAAGAACCAGGAAAGAAGUUCCUUACCAGUUUGUGAUCCGGCCACUAAAGGGUGCGCAAGUUCUGGUCAAGGUACUACUGGGUUGUCCUUCGAGGUAUCUCAGCACCAGAAAGACUUGUGUUCAGGUGAUUCUUUAGGUCAGACCGAUAAGAAGGUUCCAGAGACCCAUCAAGACAACACAGAGGAAAAUAAAAGGACACUCCAGAGUCUCACAUUAAGUACAUGGACUACAAACAAAUUAGUGGCUCUGGUUCAGAAAUUCCAACAAGCUCAGAUUGAAUCUGAGUCUUCUGCCUUCUGUAUCAAUCAUUUAACCGACUUGUUCUGGAACAAAGAUUUACAGAUGCUGUGCCACCAGAUCAAGUCAUCCUGGUACAAAAAUCUCAUGACUGACAUUUUAGCCUUCUUGUCCCAACACUGGACCGCAGACUCCGUGGUUCUGACGCAAGCAACAUGCAACCUGAAUGUUGAAGGGCUUCACGUGCUGCAAGACGGCGAGGAGUAUGUGGAGCCGCAUUACGUUUCAUCAUGGAGGAAUGUCAACGAGCAACUGGACGACAUCGAUAAAGAGUCUGGCUGUGCCAUGACCUUUGAUAGCUGUCUUUCUGACCCACUUGUGCCAACAAGCGGCGCCCCAGAAACUGCAAACACUUCCAAAGUUGUGGAAGAACAGGAACAUGGAGAACAAGAAGACGAACAGGAAGUGAAACGGAUUGAAGAUGAAGAACAGAGGACCUCAUCUGUAACAGUUGCACAUGCUAAUGAAGAUGACAUCUACUCCUUUGUCAUCCAGGUUCUUCCACAGGAAGAGGCUAAAGCCAUCUAUGAAAACUCUAAGCUUGUAAGAGAUCAUCCUUUCAUGCAGGUUCUUCCCCCAAAAGAGACCAAAACCAUCUAUGAGAACUCCCAGCCUGCAGGAAAACAUCCUGUCAUUCACGUUCUUCCCCAUGAAGAAGCCAAAACCAUAUACGAGAACUCUCAGUCUGUAAGAGACCAACCUUUCAUCCAGGUUCUUCUCCAAGAGGAAGCCAAAACCACCUACGAAAACUCCCAGCCUGCAGGAGACCAUUUUGUCAUCCAGGUUCUUCCCCAAGAGAAGGCCAAAAACAUCUACGAGAACUCCCAGCCUGCAGGACAAAAGUCUUUUAUCCAUGUUCUUCCUGAAGAGGACAAAACCAUCUACGAGAACUCCGAGUCUGCAGGACAACCGUCUUCCAUCCAUGUUCCACCCCAGGAGGAGGCCAAAACCAUCUGCGAGAACUUCCCGCCUGCAGGGCAAAAGUCUUUUAUCCAUGUUCUUCCUGAAGAGGACAAAACAAUCUACGAGAACUCCCAGCCUGCAGGGCAAAAGUCUAUUAUCCGUGUUCGUCCCCAAGAGGAGGCCAAAACCAUCUACGAGAACUCCCAGCCUGCAGGACAAAAGUCUUUUAUCCAUGUUCUUCCUGAAGAGGACAAAACCAUCUACGAGAACUCCGAGUCUGCAGGACAACCGUUUUCCAUCCAUCUUCCACCCCAGGAGGAGGCCAAAACUAUCUGCGAGAACUUCCAGCCUGUAGGACAAAAGUCUUUUAUCCAUGUUCUUCCUGAAGAGGACAAAACAAUCUAUGAGAACUCCCAGCUUGCAGGGCAGAAGUCCUUUAUCCAUGUUCCUCCCCAAGAGGAGGCCAAAACCAUCUACGAGAACUCCCAGCCUGUAAGAGACCAACCUUUCAUCCAGGUUCUUCUCCAAGAGGAAGCCAUAACCAUCUAUGAAAACUCCCAGCCCGCAGGAGACCAUUUUGUCAUCCAGGUUCUUUCCCAAGAGGAGGCCAAAAACAUCUACGAGAACUCCCAGCCUUUAGGACAAAAGUCGUCUAUCCAUGUUCUUCCUGAAAAGGACAAAACAAUCUACGGGAACUGCCAGUCUGCAGGACAAAAGUCUUUUAUCCGUGUUCUUCCUGAAGAGGACAAAACAAUCUACGAGAACUCCGAGUCUGCAGGACAACCGUCUUACAUCCAUGUUCCACCCCAGGAGGAGGCCAAAACCAUCUGCGAGAACAUCCAGCCUGCAGGACAAAAGUCUUUUAUCCAUGUUCUUCCUGAAGAGGACAAAACAAUCUACGAGAACUCGCAGCCUGCAGGGCAAAAGUCUAUUAUCCAUGUUCCUCCCCAAGAGGAGGCCAAAACCAUAUACGAGAAUGUCCAGCCGGCAGGACGAAAGUCUUUUAUCCAUGUUCUUCCUGAAGAGGACAAAACAAUCUAUGAGAACUCCCAGUCUGCAGGACAACCGUCUUCCAUCCAUGUUCUUCCCCAAGAGGAGGCCCAAACCAUCUACGAGAACUUCCAGCCUGUAAGAGACCAUCCUGUCGUUCAGGUUGUUCCCCAAGAGGAGACCAAAACCAGCUAUAAGAACUCCCAGUCUGUAAGAGGCCAUCUUUUCAACAAGGUUCUUCUUCAAGGGGAGACGAUGUGCAUCAACAAGUACUCCCUGCCUGCGGGAGAUCAUCCUACAAAGGAGCUCCUGAAAGGUUCAAAACUGGACCAAGUAGAUUCCAGAGCAGACAAGGAUCUUUCAGCUGACUCAGUGGUGGAGGCGUUCUUUGCUCAGUGGAAAGAAGACUUUCUGAGCUGCACUCCUACCAGGGAGAGCGAGGAGGAUUUGAGCCACACGGUGCUGGUAGACGAGGAGGCGGUGCUUGAUUGCGCCUCCUGCACAGAUGGAAGAAAUCCAUCAAUUAAUCCAAAUCAUGCUAAAGACUCUUCUCUAUAUCAACAUGAUGAUCAAGAGACAGGAAAUGUCCCCCAGCGGAGGGCAGACAUAACGUCCAAAGCUUUUUGUCGGGAAGAAAUGUUGACAUUAAUGUGGCGUCAGUGGUGCACAGAGAAGAGGUCCAACAAGAGCGAGAUGGCGCCAUGCUUUGGCACCAAGCGGAAGAGAGCGAGACACUCUGCCAUCAACGUUCCUGUCCUUAAGAAGCUGAAAACCUGCAAGCGUCGUAGUGAUCUGCGUCCAGCCCGCAGGAAAGAUUCAGCCAAAAGCGUCCAACCUGUCAAGCUUGUUUUAUUUGGUACUGCUGGAAGCAGGCCAAACCGGACCAGAUCUAUGUCUGCUCCAGAGGUGCUCAGUGUGAAUCGCAGAGGUAUGAGUACGGUCAAACAACGCAUUUACCAAGAGUGGAGUUUACCGCCAACCAGAAUCGAAAGCAAAAGCAAACUGGGAAACCAGAAGAGACCUUUCACGGAGAGAUGGAAAAGCGAGGACGGUUGGGACAAGGAGAAACUUUUGCCGGAAAUGAUGUUCAGGAAGGACAACAACAACCUGAGCCGGAAAAAGAGGAGGCCCCGCUCAGACGGCCAGGGCAUCAGAGAGAAGGACUUUUGGAGGCGGUCCAAAGACGGAGAGGUCAGGAAGUAUAUUGAGGGUCAUUCCGGCAAGUUCUGGAAUGCUUCAAAACCAGCCAAUCCUUCUGGAAGAAAGUGACAUCACUGUUUAGCUUUGUGGUGUUCUGCCAUACCCUAGUGACACUUGGAGACACUUUACAAUGAGUGGAUAAUGAAAAAAUAUAUUUUUUAAAGAUGUUCAGUCAAAACUGAAGUGGAAGCUAAAAUACAAUUAUAUUGCCAAAAGGUAACAAACACAUGCCAAAGGCUAUGUUGUCAAAUGCUAGUCGCGAGCCUUGACGUGCUAAUGGCAAUCUUGUCAAAUGCUAAUGGCUAGUAACCUGACUCUCGCCAGAUCCGUGUAGUUCUCUGAGCUCCACACAAGGAUCUGAGAUCGAGGGCAAUGCAAACUCCUUAAAGACAGCAAAAAAUAAUGAACCAAUCAGGAUCGUUGGGCGGGAUUUCAUAGAUGUGACUUAGCGCCAAAGCAACUGUUUGAUUCAAACAACAAUGGCGGCACACAGCGAGAAGCCGUGUGCUGACAUUGAUUCCGCUAUAGCAACUGUUUUGUCGAAUCUAUUGAAUGUUAAUUAUUUAAAAGAUGAACAGAGAACGGUUUUGAAGGCAUUGAUUAACUUUUCGCUCUGUCGUUAUCCAAUAUGUCGGCUGUUCUGUUUCGGAUUUCCCAGCGUCGCUCUCAUAAGUGUCACGGGUUGAUUUCGAUGUGAGUGGUUGAAGUAGCACGUCAUUCAAGAUAACGAACUCGUGGUUUAUCCAAUCACAUACAAUAAUUUUUUUUACAAGGCCCUGCAUUCUGAAAUACAUCUCUUAUUGAGAAGUCCCAGAUCCUUGUGUAGAGCUCAGCGAACUACAAGUAUCUGGCGAGAGUCAGGUUAAAUGGCUAGACUUCACAUGGCAAUGUCUAUGUUGUCAAACGUUAGUGGUUAGCCUUGAUGUGCUAAUGGGUAGCUUACCAAAUGCUAAGGACCAGUUUUCACAUGCGAAUGUAUAUGUUGUUAAAUGCUUGUUACUUGCCUUGAUGCGCUAAUAAUGUCUCUGUUGUCAAAUGUUGGUUGCAAGCCUGGAAUGUUCAUGUCCAAUUGUCUCCCAUGACUGACGUGUAUAUUCAUGUACAUAACAGGUUUAUUUUCAUCAUUUGCUGAAUAAAAGUAAUUUUAUACAUUU